ACCUGUCUCGGCGCGCCGGGAGCGCGGUGUCCGCCCCGCUGAUGGGGCUGCGGGCGGCACCUUCCCCCGGGGAGGAGGAGAAGGAGGAGGAGGAGGAGAAGAAGGAGGCGAGCCGGUGGCGGAGGUUUUCUGUGACUGUUCCGCAUCCUGCUGCUGCUGCUGCUGGAUCCGAAUGCCGAGGCUACAAAGGCUUGUUACUGUCUCAUGCUGGGUCCCUCAAAUCCAAGAGCUACUUGGCAGUUUCCAAGGCAACCACCUGUGGAAUAAUUAAAAAGGAUGAAGUGUUAGCGUGCCAGAUAUAAGGAAUUCUUGCCUGGAGAGAGCGUUUCACUUUCUUCCGUCUUGAAGAAUCAAACGUGCUUCUGCCAGCAAAGUUAAGAAAAAGAAACGGUGGCUGAGUUGCACAAGUGAACCAGGACAACACAAAAUGUCCUCUGUGUGAAGACGAUCCUUGGAAUGGUUCGGAAAGCCUUGCAGUGCUGAGAGGGAAGAUGAAGGGAGAUGGUUUUCCCAGUGAGAAUAACCAGUGUGGACUUUGGAUCAAAGAAGAAGAACCCCACCCUGUUGGUUUAAUGAUCUGUCUGUGAGGUAUGAGGAAAUUAGGAGCAGCAGGAAACCUUCCAAUCUGCAGCUCCUGUACUCUGGACGUGCUGAAAGCAAGAUCUCAUGGAGGUUUUCCCUGCCAGCCUGAGAGCUUCUUGCAGUCUCCUCUUGUACACUCGUUACAGAGUAAACCAUAAACAGCCUGAGUCACCUCUCCAAGGGUGUGUAAUAUGUAAGAAUUUCUCCGAAAUUUCAGCUCUUCGGAGACACAGCUGGCUGGAGGCAGAGUCAGAGGUGGGUCCUGUCCCCACUUCCAGCAGGAUCUCAUUAACCAUGAAGACAAUCUCUGAAAAUCAUCCUGCAAUCAGCUGGUCAUUCUACAUCCAGCUUUUUGGCAGUUAAAAAAACAAACCAACCUACAGCAAGAGUCACACACCAGCCUGCAGCAAGGCAUCCCUGUAGCAGGGGAUGUUUUCCUGGAUGUCCUGGUGCUGCAGGUGCAUCUCCUCUGGAAACAUCCAGAACUUGGGGCUUCAAGCAGAGAAGCUGGACCAGCUGCGUGCUCCCCCCUCUGCUGUUGGGCAGACCAGAGGAUGUUCAGUGUGUACUGAUCAAUGUAAUGGUUACAGACUCUGGGUCAGAAGAUGUUCCCACUCAGCUCCUUAAAAUAGGAGGCAAAAAAUGUUUUUCCUGAUGUCAUUCUCACUCUACUGGAUUUCCAACAAGUUUCCAAGAACAGUCCAUGGAGGGAUGUGUGGCUGCCUGCUCUGCUGCCUGGAUUGCUGGGUAUUUUAGUCCCCUCAUAUGCAGUUUCUGUCUGUGCUGCCUUCUCAGCAUCAUGUCUGUCUCCCCCAGAGGAUUCCUCUCUGGACAGCCUGCCAUGGAAGCAGAUGAUCUGUCUUCAGUCCUGAGGGCAAGUCAGUAAAAUAAUUUACUCCAUGUCAAAGAAGGUUUUUAAUGCCCCCUUGGCUCAAAAAGAUGAGAUGCGCCUUGGGAUCACAAAGAUUUGACUUCAGUGUUUUGGUGCUAAUGAAAUUCAGAGUCACAGAUUGUUUUGGGUUGGAAGGGACCUUAAAGACCGUCCAGUUCCAUCCCCCUGCCAUGGGCAAGGACACCUUCCACUAUCCCAGAUUGCUCCAAUCCCCAUCCAGCCUGGCCUUGGACACUUCCAGGGAUCCAGGGACAGCCACAGCUUCUCUGGGCACCCUGUGCCAGGGCCUCACCACCCUCAGAGAGAAGAAUUAUUCACAUAUUGCUGCAGAAUAAAGUUUUUUUUGGUCUCUGCUCUCCCAAAGCAAUCAGUGUGUCAAGCCCUGCAUAUCUCUGGCUGGAUUCCCCCCUGGAGAACCACACACUGACCCUCAUUUGGAGCAGCACAGUUUGGGAUGAAGUGGCUGGGAAGGGGCAUCAGCGCUGUGUGGAGGAGCCGGCUGUGGCAGCAGUUUGCUGAGCAAUGCAUGGCAGAGCACAGACAUCAGCUCUUUUAACUUCAUUGCUUCAAAUAUCAUGAUUGUCUGUUCUUGUAUAAUAUUACUGCAUAAAAACACAGUGGGAUUUAUUUAUAAUUGAUGAUUUUACGUGGAAGAUACUCCAAUGCCACCGUGUGGAUUAAAUCCCAGAACAGACUGAAAGCUGUAAAAUCCACGAGCACAGUGAAAUUCCCUGUUUACCACAACAGGCAGAUUUAUGACCAGGUAUAUAUUGCUCUGGGACUCCUGAGGGAUCAGUCAAGUGUUUCUCCAGGGACAAGACAAAAGGAACUCUUUGGCUGCCUGUUCUGAGACUCUGCUUCAAGGGGAGCAAGAGCCCUUCACUGAAAUCCUCCUGCAAUGCUGUGGCUGCUGCUGCUGCAGGUGACGGCGAGCUGCCUCUGGCUGGGACACAGCGAGGUGGUGAAGUCCUUUGAAAGUUCAUGUCCUCAGUUUUUUUUCCGGGAGAUCCCCCCAAAUGAAGCCCUGGAGCCGCAGAAACCAGCCUGGAUCUGCCAGCGCUACAAGAACCAGUAUUACUUUGCCACCCUGUAUGACAGGAAGAUGCGUAUCCCUGUCUACUCUGCUUACAUCUACCAGCCUGGACCUGGCAAAAGACCUAAAACAUGGCUGGUUGAGCCCCAGCUGAUUGGCCUAAAUUAUCCUAAAACUAUGGAAAAAGAAUGGACACUCUUAAAUCGAUACAAUGUCAGCUUAGAGAAACUCAGCCAGAGCCAGGCUAUCCUUCAUGACUACAAGAACCUGACGGGUUUGAACCGAGGCCAUUUGAACCCCAAUGGCCACCAUGAUGACUACAGCAGCAGGAUGGCUACCUUCACCCUCACCAAUAUAGUGCCCCAGGAUGAGAAACUCAACGGCGGCGCCUGGAACAACUACGAGCAGCAAACGAUGAUCAGGAGGACCCGGGACUGUAAAACCACCUAUGUCAUCGUGGGAGCUGUGCCUGGGAACAACUACAUUGCCAAGGGGAGGGUUAAUAAACCCAGCUACCUCUGGUCAACUGCCUGCUGUGUGAUGGACAACAACUACAUGAAAGCUUGGGCGGUCAUCGCUGAGAACGACAAGAACCAGGUUCAGCUCCUCACACUGGGGGAGCUGGAGGACACUUUAACUGAGCUCUAUGGGAGGGGACAGGUUUCCCUGUUUGACAGUGACUGUCCCCGGGAAUAAGCCUCACAUCCUGGGUGGAACAGGCUCAGGAGCUUUUGCCACAUGUCAUAGAAUCACAGAAUGGUUUGGGUUGGAAGGAAUUUCAAAGACCAUUCAUGUAGACUCAGCUUCCAUGCCAUGGACAGGGACACCUUUCACUAUCCUCAGUGGCUCCAAGCCCUGUCCAACCUGGCUUUGAACACUUCCAGGGAUGGAGCGGCCACAACUUUUCUGGAUAACCUGUGCCAGGGCCUCACCACCCUCACAGUAAAGAAUUUCUUCUUAAUAUCUAAUCUAACCCCAUCUGCUUUCAGUUUAAAGCCAUUCCCCCUUGUCCUGUCACUCCAAACCGUUGUCCAAACUCCCUCUCUCUUUUAAAACCCUUUAAACACUGGAAGGGGUCCAAGAUCUCCCAAGAGCUUUCUUUUCUCCAGGCUCUCUCACCCUCUCUCCAGGGCAGAUGUGUUCCAGCUCUUGGAGCAUCUUUGUGGACUCCUCUGGACCCCACUCCAACAGCUUUGUGUCCCUCUUCUGGUGUGGAUCCCAGAGCUGGAGGCAGCACUGCAGGUGGAGUCUCACCAGAACAGAGAGGAACAAUGGAGUAAAGGGGAACAAGACAACCCAAGACUCCCAAAGACCUCUGAUUUACUUCCAAGAAGGUCUGAGAUAACAGACUUCACAUGAUAUCUAAUUUCCAUUAGGAAGUGAGAAACCUGUCUUCAGGUCAGGGAAAUUUAUCCAUAAAAGAGUACCAAUUGCCAUGUACUUACAGAGUAGUUUAGGGACUAACAUAACAAUUUCUAUGCCAAGUGUAUAAUUUACUAAUAAAACCUUGUGAAAUUUUA